UCCUUUGCAAAUCAGUUUCAGUUUGCAUUGCCUGAAUUUGUUUGAUUUUAAAUAGCCUGACUCUCAGUAAUAAAUGACUUCCCUCAGUGUCAUAGCAAAUUUAAUAACGAGGACCAUCCCAAUCUACUUUUGUGGUUUCCGGUGGUUUCUAUGGAAAUAGCAAACACACUCCAGCGGUUGCUUGGUAACCAAGGAGGCCUGAGACUGAACGGCGUAGUUCGGUUUAGCAGAGAAACUCAACGCAAUGUCAGACGUAGGAUCCGAAGAAUUUGAAGAGGAGCAGGGACCUUAUUUAGGGGAGUAUGAAGGGGAACGCAAUGAAGCUGGUGAGAGACAUGGACAUGGAAAGGCAGUGCUGCCUAAUGGCGAUACGUACGAGGGACAGUAUGAAAAUGGCAAAAGGAAUGGACAGGGGACAUACAGAUUUAAAAAUGGAGCCUGUUACAUUGGAGAGUACUACAUGAACAAGAAACAUGGUCAAGGCACAUUCUACUACCCAGAUGGAUCCAAAUAUGAAGGUGGCUGGGUAGAUGAUCAGAGGUUCGGACAUGGAGUUUACACUUAUAUAAAUAACGACAUGUAUGACGGGGAAUGGAUGAACCAUCAAAGGCAUGGACAAGGUGUGUACACAUAUGCCAAAACAGGCUCUACAUACGUGGGCAGCUGGAGACAAGGGAAACAGGAGGCAGCUGGAGAACUGAUCCACGCCAACCACAGAUUCCAAGGAAACUUUCUUAACAACAAUCCUUUGGGGCCUGGAAAAUAUGUUUUUGACAUCGGCUGUGAACAGCAUGGGAAGUAUGUACAUACAGAGCAGGACAAGGCAGAAGGUGAGGAAGAGGAGCCACUUGUUGUCCCUGUGCUCAAGUGGAAAGCAGAGAAAGUUACAGAAGUGACACUCUGGGCCCCAGUUACCAAACAGGACAAGAAAGAGGAUCUGCUAGUUAAAGAACUAUCUGUAGAAGUACAGGAAAAAGAGGCUGUGCUCCCUGUGAACAAGGACGCUGCAGAUGUGAAUGAGGUGGAUGCAGAGGUGAAUGAGGUGGAUGCAGAGGUGAAAAGGGAGGCGGUGGAAGAAAAGGAGGAAUAACUGCAGACACGGCUAUCUAUUUCUGUUAUAUUUUUUUUUUACAGUGAGCAUCCUAACCCUAACCCUUAACAAGAGUGUAUUUGCUGAUGUAGAAUUCUGUAAAUAAAUUUAAAACAUACAAUACAGGAAAACCAUUACAUUCUCUGACCAAGUUUGUAUAUUUAUUUAUAGCAUUCUCUUCUACUGUAGGUACCACAUACAUUUACAAUGAAGAAAAGGGUUGCAAUACCUGAAGAGAAAAACAUGCACAGUUAACAAUCAGUAUUAUUUGAAAGUCACACUCUCCAU